UUAAGAAGAUGCGGGCUGCCGCAGCUAUGCAAAAGGAAAACACCGAGCUAGUGGAAGAAAAUUUAUUGUUGGAAAAAGAUGAAUUUGUGGUACACGUCCCAUUGCCUGAUGAGAAGGAGAUUGAAAGAAUGGUGGUACAGAAGAAGAAGAUGGAGCUUCUGAGCAAGUAUUAUUGCAGUGAGUUUUUAAAGGAAGAACAAAUGGAAACUAAGGCCAUACUCAACAUUCAAAGGUUCAAAUUUGAGAAUGAAUUCUUUUAAAAAAGGGGAGGAUGAUACCAGCAUGGUUAGCUUGGAGCACAUUAGGAUGAGCUUCCAUAUAUGGAUAAUAGCUUGGUGAGCCUAGAGGAAGCUAUGGAGCAACGAAUACACAAGACCAUGGAUUAUCAAUAUGACAUUCGGGCAAUCAAGAAGGGCACUUGUGGGUUAUUUCCUAAAUAGUCACUUUGGGCUAUUUUUGUAAUAAGCCAUUUCUGUAAAGACAAGAACUGUAACAGUUGCGUUAGCCAUUUCUCAUCUAGACUUUGAUGAAUUGAAAGUUGAACUUCUUUGAGAGUGUAGGGUGGAAUCCCUUUAGGCUUAGUGUAGUACAUUAAUCUAGGUUAGUGAUGGAUGGAUUUUCAUUGUUGAUUUUAGAAC